GAACGAUCAUCCCACACUCUGCAGGUCACUCGGCCUCGUGUGUGGUGACCCGGAGUUACUAUCUGUGACCCUACCGCCAUUAUCAAACCCGCGGUGAUUGGAGCCCGCACCCACUGGACUCAGGGCUGAACACUCCAACUUAGCGAAAGCGGAACGACAUUCACCUCCCCGGUGACUGAUGCUUGCCGGCGGUGUGCUCGGACCUCAGUGCUGGCCCUCGAGUCUCGACUGGCGACUGCCCCGCAAAUAACUAGAGCAGCCACUGCGCAAUGCGCGUGCUGUUAGCAGCUCCCUAGACCUCGCCAGCGACAUCCCGUUGCUCUGGAUACUUGAAGCCGAUAUAUCCUAGAAACCACAGACCCGCCGGCUCCGCCCCUCCGAGCAGUCCACCGAACCUCCGGAGAAUUUCCACCUGUUUCUCCCUCGAACCCGCCUAGGAACUAAGUCGUGAUGCCGGAGCCAGUAACGAUAACCAUCAGCGCGGUCGGCGUGAUAAUAGCGCUCACGUCCAAGAUCCUCUCGUACAUAUCGAGCCUGCAGCGGGCGGGGGUAGAGCACGACGCGCUGCUCUACUACUUCGAGCAGUCAGCAACGACGCUGCGCAAUCUGCGGGGCACGUUCGAGGGCAAGGGCAAGGCGUUUCCGGUGGAGCUGCUGGAGCGGUACACGCGGGAGCUGCGGCGGUGCGAGAACGACCUCGACAACUUCGAUGCCAUAAUGCAGGACAUCACCCGGAAGCUCGGGAAGUCGCUCAGGUCCCGCAUCUGGCAGAAGUCGUCGCUCGCGAACGGAGAUACCGUGCAGCUCGAGCGAAAACUUAACUUCUUUAAUCAGAACCUCGCCGCCCUCCAGCAGAGACUUACGUUCGAGGUCGUCGCGAUCAUCCACGAGAAGGUCGCAGAUGUCAAGGCUAUGGGCGCUGAGGUCAACCGCGCGAUGAAAAUCGAUAUGGGAGUGCGAUAUGGCCCCGCGGCGUUGAAAGUGAUCCAGGGCGACGGCUGGCAGGACGACGAUGCAGGCGCGGACGCCGGUGUCUCGAUCCAGCCGACUCGGUCGUCGGCUCGGUCGUCGGAGCGGUGGAGGGGGGAGACCGAGUACAGAACCGGCGACGGCCAGACGACCACGCCGCAGCAGGCGGCGGCGGCAGCAUACGGGGUGGACAUGCCCGCGCCGCCAUACUUCUACCAAAGCCUGGAGCCAGACUACUACGCGCUACCACGGCCACCACCACCACCCAUACCGCCCUACGACCAGCGCCGCACAUCGGAGCCGUACUGCACGCAACGGGCAUCCCCGACACAGUUCUACACCCCAUCGGGCCAGUACUGCGGCACACAAUCGGCACCCACAACGCCGUACGGGCAGCCACAACCACCGCCGCCGCGGCCACCACCACCGCCAUCGCCCGCCUUUGAGCAAAGACACUCGGCGCCGUACCCCCCGCACCCGCAGUGGAUACCUUCUCCUCGCGACUACGAUUUGGCAGCCGAUCUGGACAACCAGUACGCUCAGGACCAGCGGAUCCAGCGCAUCCAGGCUUUGUGGAGACUGCAGGAGAACGAUUAGCGUGGAGUGGAGAUUGGUGAUGGAGUGAGCUACGAAGCCUAGGUAGGGAAGGAAGGAAGGAAGGAGGAGGAAGGAAGGAAGGAAGGAGGGAAGGAAGGAUGGCUCCC